UCACUUUUGCUCUUGUGCUUUAACGUUACCUCGGCGAAGAGCAACAAGAACACACGGCGGGUUAUGGAGCAGUAAAUGUGUAUCGAUCGUUUGAGGCGGUCUUACUUUCCUUCAUAAAAGCCCGGUGAAUGACAUUCAUCAGCUGUUGCUGCAGCUGGAUCAACGCUGUCUCCAGGUUUGGAUUUGACGGCAAGAAUGGCGAUCAAUAAGACAUAUUUAAGCGUGGGCUACUCGUGUGUUGGGAUGUUGAUGGGAUUUUCGGCGUUUCUGGUGUGGAACAUCGCUUACAAACAGCCGUGGACAGCCGCGAUGGGUGGAUUAUCCGGAGUUUUGGCACUAUGGGCUCUGGUCACACAUAUAAUGUACCUUCAGGACUACUGGAGAACAUGGUUAAAGGGACUGAGGUUUUUCCUGGUUAUGGGCGUAAUUUUCUCUGUGUUGUCCAUCGCGGUGUUCAUCUCUUUCCUCUGUGUCGCCAUCUCCCGCAAAGAAUCCCUCACAGAUCCCACCAGUCUGUACCUGUCAUGUGUGUGGAGCUUCAUGAGUUUAAAAUGGGCGUUCCUGCUUUCUCUCUAUUCUCAUCGAUAUCGCAAAGAAUUUGCUGACAUCUCCAUCCUCAGUGACUUUUAAAUUUACACACAAUAACACACUCGUGCCCACAGACAAACAAGCAUACAAACAUACAUGCUUGGCUGUUGCCAUUUGAAAUGGACCAGGAACACUCAAUGACGAGAGAGAGCCAAGAAGCUUUAGUCUUUUCAGUACAUCAGUAGAAGACAUUAGUGCACCACUUCUCUCUCCUUUCUACUACUUGUCUGUCUACUUGUUGUCAGGCAGUCUAUCGUGGAUUAUGUUAGAUUGACGAGUUUGUUGAAGGAUGUCAUGCGAUUUUUAAAUUUUGCACUUUUUAAUAUCUAUGAUCAAAAACAACAUUUCUCAGCCUUUUCACUUUUCAGUAUGUAUGGUUUAUACUGUGCAUGUCUGAAUGAGGUAUUAAGAAGAGCCUUUUGUCUUUCUCCUUGCUGCUGCUCUCUUGAAUGUUUUUCGGCAGUCUCACUAUGAUAUAUGGACAAGUGAAAGGUUUUUGUUAAGCUGGUGUAUAUCACUAAAAGAUCAUUUUCUCCUGCUGUUGCAUAGCAUUUAGUUAACUAUCUAUUGAUUUCUAAAUAAGCACUUUAUUGUCUAUUAAAUGUGCUAUAACCAA